GGCGCAGAGACACAACUGCUUUAUUAUUUACUACCAUAACUAACAGCUUCACGGCUUCAGCGGCGGAUUUACUCCUUCAUAAGCUUCUAACACGAGGUUUAAGUCUUCUACAGAAGAGUUAUGAUCGUGUAGAAGAGGUUUAACAUGGAUCUGACUGGCUGUGGCUGUUAGAUGGAGGUUUGAGAGCAGGCUGCUGUACUGCAGUGGAUCACGGAUCUGACGCCCUGUAUCCGCUUCAAAUCACACAAGAGAGAACAUGGACUCGUUCAGCACCAAGAACCUGGCCCUGCAGGCGCAGAAGAAGCUCAUGAGCAAGAUGGCGACCAAGUCUGUGGCCAGCCUGUUCAUCGACGACACGAGCAGCGAGGUGCUGGACGAGCUGUACCGCGUCACCAAGGAGUACACGCGCAACCGCAAGGAGGCCCAGAAGAUCAUCAAGAACCUCAUCAAGAUGGUGGUCAAGCUGGGCGUGCUCUACCGCAACGGGCAGUUCAGCGCCGACGAGCUGCUGAUCAUCGAGCGCUUCCGCAAGAAGGUCCACACGCUGGCCAUGACGGCCGUCAGCUUCCACCAGAUCGACUUCACCUUCGACCGGCGCGUCAUGAGCGGCCUGCUGAACGACUGCCGCGAGCUGCUGCACCAGGCCAUCCAGCGGCACCUGACGGCCAAGUCGCACGCCCGCGUCAACCACGUCUUCAACCACUUCUCCGACUGCGACUUCCUGGCCGAGCUGUACGGCCCGUCCGAGGCGUACCGCGCCCACCUCCAGAGGAUCUGCGACGGCGUGAACAAGAUGCUGGACGAGGGCGACCUUUGACACCCCCUGUUCCCCUAAAUAUUGACCUGAGGCGCUUAUACGGUGGUGUUUAUUUUAUAUGUGGACUUUUUUUUGGCCUUGUGUCUGUGUUCUUGUUCGGCCGUGUCCACCUUAGAGUCCACUAAGAACUCGUGGGGCUUCUACGGGGUGGGCCGGGCCGGACAGCUGUGGACUUUCCAGUUACGAGGGGCACCACCCUUGUUUUUAAGUAACAAAAUCGAGCAUUUCAAGCCCUCUGAUCAUCUCCGACCGGGGAUUGAGAUUUGUAAUCCACCGUGGUUUGUUUUGACUCUGGAAACACGAUUCCAGCUUUAAUCCCGACCCUCAGAGCUCGUACACGAUCGCUCACGAUCCCUCGGCGCAAACAUUCCAGCCUGUUAAAGCUUCAAUACCCGCGUGAGUCACGCGAGGGCGAGGAAGGAGGACCGAACGGAGCCGCACGUGUACAAGAAACCGGUUUGUGAAGUCCGGAACGGUCGCUAGUCCUCGGUUUUAUAGGUUUGCGCUGUAUUCGAUGCAGUUCCUGGCAGGAAUGAAGAAAAUAUGAACAUUAUUCAUGUUUUAUAUUUGUAAUCACUGAGCCUUUAUUGGGGUUUUUUUUGUUUGUUUUUUUGUAUGUAAUACGUCCUCCUCGAGCGCUUCCCUGACCCGAUAACUGAUUUGUGUCUGUUAUGCUGCCCAGUGCUUCUAUUUCGGUUUCAUUCAGUCCUACUGUACGUGAAGCAGCUACCAAAGAUCUCGGGCAGAUCAGAUCUCGCUCUAUUUUUAAUGCAGGGAGAUAAAACGGUGUAAAACGGCGACGUUGCUGAUCUGGAGGAUCAGACUGAGCACUCGGUAUCUACUCUAAUGUAAGAAUUUGAUUCCAAACUUUAUAAACUGUGUACUGUGGAUAUUUUAUUGAUUCUACGUCCACGUUGCUCUUCUACUCUGAAUAUGAAACACUUCCUACACAUUUAUAAACAUCCACAUUCACACAAAGUUCCUUUUUGUUUCCCGUUCACUAAUUUUAACCCAGAAGUGUAGCGAUAUUGUAUAAUUAUAUAAUUUAUAUUGUAUUAAAGUGCCCAACCAAGCCAGAAGCACCACUGAGAAGCUUGUGCACAAACCUUCCUAAAGAGCGCCCCCUUAGGCUGGAUUCUACCUACUCGCUGCUUUAAGCGCUACCGUUCACCCUGUACUUGUGGAUUUGGUCGUCUUCUGCUUCGAAAGCAGCCACAUCACAUCUGGGGUCCUGAUUUUACAUCACAGUCUGUGUUUUACUUACAAACCCGGGGAUGGCUUGGUGGGGUAGCACUGUCACCGGGUCCUUUCUGUGUGGAGUUUGCACGUUCUCCCGAUGUCCCUGUGGAUUGAGUUUCCUCCGGGAGCUCCGGUUUUCCUCCCACAGUCCAAAAACAUGCACAUUAUGACCGGUCGUGUCAUAAAUGGAACAAAAGUGUAAAACGUGACGUUAAAAUGCUAAUAAACAAACAAACGAAUUUACGAACAGGGAGGGCGAAGGUAACCAAGCCCGAAAUCCAUCCGUUCAUUUAAGAAUCAGACGAGCCUCCGAGUUUUGUCAACACGUCAGACUUUAGUGAAUCUAAAAUUUGGCUUAACGUGGCGGUAACGAAGCCCCGUUACAAACAUAAACACCCUAAGAUAAACAUUAUAAAGUGUGAAAGUCAGAAGCUUGCAUCUCGCUUUCCAGAUGACGUUAUUGCAGUCGCACCUUCUAAUUGAGAACUCUUGUUGAGAGAGGUGCAGAGGUUAAUAUAAUUCCUCCUCCUUGCACAUUGGGAGUUGGGGGCUGAUUGGUGCUGCUCUUUGGGUGGGUGGGAUGGCGUUUUCGUCCUCCUCGACCAUUAGGCAGUGCCAGUCAUCCUCAGGCAUCUAAAAGCCCGUGCCAUCAGAAACGGGCUGGACGCUGCUCUUCCUGGUGUGAUGAUUUUCUUAACAACAUUGCCUGGCCUACAGCUUGUCUUGGAGGAAGCACGUGCUAGCCAAAUCUCCCGGAUCCUUCUGUUAGCAGGGGGGCAGACCCAAAAAGCGGGUCUAUGUAAAGCGUUUAAAUAAGGGAGAGAAUGAUUAAAGGUUUAUACACUAUAUGGACAAAAGUAUUGGGACACCCUUUCUAAUUUUUUCAAUUCAUGUGUUUAUAUGAUUGCAAUUUUGCAGCAACAGUUUAGGGAAGGCUCUUUCCCGUGCCCCUGUGCUCUAUAAAACAAGAAAAGCUCAAUCUAAAGAAACGCCAGCGUCCUGCACAGGCUCAACAGCUCUGAGAUGAACCGGAACAUCAACUGACAUCAGUGCCCAGACAUACAUAUGCUGUCGUCUUUUCGCUGAAUGGGCACAAAUUCCCACACAAGUUUCAAAGUCUCAUUAGAAGCCUCUUCAGAAGAGCGGUGGUGGUUCUAGCUGAAAAGGUCACACAGAGGUCGGGCGUCCGAAUACUUUUGACCCUAUAGCGUGUGCUCGAUUUUUGACCGUUUUUAUUAAAAUAAAUGGACGCUGAGAUUUUCUCAGGUUAAAACCCGCCGACGCUCAGAGCUCUGAUUCAAACGCACCCGAAGACCUCAGCCGAUGGGAGGACCGUCGGUCAGCAUCCCGAUUCGACUCUUUUUUUGUGUGUGUGUUGUCCAGUGUGCCUUCACUUCACAUCUGUUGUAUAUAAAUACAGUCUAUAUAAAGGAAACCUUGUUUUUAAUCCAA